GUCUCCCGCCUUUAAAAGGUUUCCACUGCUGGGCCAUCACGGCUUAAGUGUCUGGCCGCCGGAGGGAUGCGUCUCUUCGGGACACGAACAGAGCCGCCGGAGACCUGUAGCCCUACUUCCCCGCGGAGGGACGUGGGAAUUAAUGGGGCAACAGCCAAAGACGGAUACAGGAUACGAAAAAAAUUCCUCGGGAAGCUACAUAGAGCCGCCUUAUCCGGAGACUGUAGAAAAAUACAAUGGCUCUUGUUAGCCAAAGGAAAAGACAUUAAUAAAGUGGACGAUCUCAACAGGACAGCUCUGCACCUGGCCUGUGCCGCUGGGUAUCCAGAUGUUGUGUCUUUCUUAGUAGAGAGACACUGCAAACUGGAUGUUUGCGACAGCAACCACCGCACUCCUCUAAUGAAGGCUGUACAGUGCCAGCAGGAGGAGUGUGUGAGCAUCCUGCUCCUCCAUGGGGCAGACCCCAAUAUGGUGGAUGAGAGCAGCAGCUCGGCCCUCCAUUAUGCCGCAGCUGGAGGGAAUCUAAGAAUAGUAGAGAGGCUGCUAGAAAGCAAAGCCAAUAUGGAGGCAAGGGAUAAGCUUGGCCUCACACCACUUCUCUUGGCCGUUAAGAACCAUCAUGAAGCCAUGGUCGAUUUAUUUUUAAAGAAUGGAGCAAAUGUCAAUGCCAAAGAUAAUUCUAAAAGAACAGCUCUCAUGAUGGCCAUUAGUAAUAAAUUUAAUCCAACAAGCCUAGUCCAACUUAUUCUUCAAUAUGAUGUUGACCUCUCUUGCGAAGAUGAUUUCGGAUGGACAAUUAGAGACUACGUUCGUAUCAGUAGUGUUAGAGGUCAUCAAGAAUUAGUUCUUCAGUAUGUGAAGACUAAAGCUAAUGAACUCUUCCCUGAAGUCAAAACCAGUAGUCCAGAACGGGCUUCUGAUAUUGGAUUUACUUUGGGCAGACCUGCCUUGGACAAAAAUGUUCUUUCCAACUGGGAAUGUCCCAGUACUUCUCAGAAAAAUAUGACUUCUAGCAGGUCCAAACUCACUCAUUUUCAUGGGAAUCAUCCUUGUGAAUCAAUGGCACUUACUCAACGUCAGUCGAGAUCUUUAGGAGCUGGACCGUUUCCUUUACAAAAAGAUGAAAUCACUAUACAUGUAACAGAGACUGGGUCUCCACCUGGAUUUGGGUUUGUGACUCCAGUAAGGAUCACAGUCGCCCAGAGGCAUUUGGAUCCACCACGGCCUCUCACAAAAGAAGAAAGUGAAAAAGAUGCAACACAAAAAUUGGACUUUAAAGGAUCAUCAGAGGAAAGCCAAAAAGGUUUUGAUAAAAAUCACCAGGAGCAGGUUGAAGAGCAAAAAAACAAGCCUCAACACAAUGAAAUGGAAACACUGGUGGAAGAUAUUGAAGAAAAAUUACCUGAAGAUAAAAUGACUGAAAAAGUUAAUAAGUGGGCAUUUAAUGUAAAGAGUCUUCAGAGCAAUAGAAGUGAAGAGAAUAAAAUUCCUGGGGAAGAAAUUCCAAAAAUGAUCGUUUCUUCUUCCAAUGGAUCUUCAGUACCCCUGCACCAUCAAUCAAUGUGGUUUCCAUUGGGAAUAGAGGAAGAAAAGCAAUUGAAGGCAGAUAUGCCUCUCAAAACAAUCAGAGAACAAAUAAGGAAAAAAGAAAAAUUAUCCAAUAAAGAUAUGGAGAGGAAACGAUCAUUGGAACCACCUAUAGAAGCUUGGGCCAUAGAACCAAGACCAGGAGGAAAUAACUUGACACAGGAAGAAGAGCAAAACAACAAGCCUCGACAAAAUGAAAUGGAAACACUAGUGGAAUAUAUUGGAAAAACAUUACCUGAAGAUGAAAUGACUGUCAAAGAUAAUGAGCUGGAAUUUAAUGUAUGGAAUCAUCAUAGCAAUAAAAGAGUGGAGAAUAAAAUCACUGAGACAGAAACUCCAAAAAUGACUGUUUCUUAUUCCAAGGAAAGUUCAAUACCAGUAUACCAUCAAUCAGUAUUCUUCCCAAUGAGAAAAGAGAAAGAAAAGCAAUUGAGGACAGGAAUGACUCUUAAAGAAAUCAGAGAACAAAGAAAAAGAAGAGAAAAAUUAUAUAGGAACUAUAUGGAGGCGAUGCAGUCAUGGGAAGUGGAUGAACAAUCUUGGUCUAGAGAACCAAAACCAGGAGGAAAUAAUUUGACACAGAACCUACGUGCUGUGGAAGAAACCCCCAAAAUGACCAUUUCUUCUUCCAAGGAAUCUUCAAUAUCUGAGUACCAUCGUUUCAUGUGGUUCCUACUGAGAAAAGAGGAAAAAAAGCAACCGGAGGCAGACAUGCCUCUGAAAACAAUCAGAGAACAAAUAAGGAGAGAAGAAAAAUUAUCUAGUAAAGAAGUGGAGAAGAAACAGUCAUUGGAAGUGGCUGAACAAAAUCAGGCCAGAGAACCAAGACCAGGAGGAAAUAAUUUGACACAGGUUAAAGAGGAAAAGAACAAGUCUAAACACAAUGAAAUGGACACACCACUGGACGGAUUUGGAGAAAAACUACCUGAAGAUAACAUGACUGUCAAUUUUAAUAAGCUGCCAUUUAAUGUAAAGGAUCAUCAUGGCAAUGAAAGUGAGGAGAAUAAAAUCCCUGUGGAAGAAACUCCAAAACUGACUGUUCCUUCUUCCAAGGAAUCUUCAAUACCUGUGCUCCAUCGUUUCAUGAGGUUCCCACUGAAAAAAGAGAAAGAAAAGCAAUCGAGAGCAGGUAUGCCUCUUAAAACAAUCAGAGAACAAAUAAGAAGAAAAGAAAAAUUAUCCAGUAAAGAAGUGGAGAAGAAACAGUCAUUGGAAGAGCCUGAACAAUCUCAGACCACAAAACUAAGACUGGGAGAAAAUAAUUUGACACAGGUUGAAGAGGAAGAGAACAAGCCUCAACACAGUGAAAUGGAAAUGCCACUGGACGGAUUUGGAGAAAAACUACCUGAAGAUAACAUGACUGUCAAUUUUAAUAAGCUGCCAUUUAAUGUAAAGGAUCAUCAUGGCAAUGAAAGUGAGGAGAAUAAAAUCCCUGCGGAAGAAACUCCAAAACUGACUGUUCCUUCUUCCAAGGAAUCUUCAAUACCUGUGCUCCAUCGUUUCAUAAGGUUCCCACUGAAAAAAGAGAAAGAAAAGCAAUCGAGAGCAGGUAUGCCUCUUAAAACAAUCAGAGAACAAAUAAGAAGAAAAGAAAAAUUAUCCAGUAAAGAAGUGGAGAAGAAACAGUCAUUGGAAGUGGCUGAACAAUCUCAGACCACAAAACUAAGACUGGGAGAAAAUAAUUUGACACAGGUUGAAGAGGAAGAGAACAAGCCUCAACACAGUGAAAUGGAAACACCACUGGACGGAUUUGGAGAAAAACUACCUGAAGAUAACAUGACUGUCAAUUUUAAUAAGCUGCCAUUUAAUGUAAAGGAUCAUCAUGGCAAUGAAAGUGAGGAGAAUAAAAUCCCUGUGGAAGAAACUCCAAAACUGACUGUUCCUUCUUCCAAGGAAUCUUCAAUACCUGUGCUCCAUCGUUUCAUAAGGUUCCCACUGAAAAAAGAGAAAGAAAAGCAAUCGAGAGCAGGUAUGCCUCUUAAAACAAUCAGAGAACAAAUAAGAAGAAAAGAAAAAUUAUCCAGUAAAGAAGUGGAGAAGAAACAGUCAUUGGAAGAGCCUGAACAAUCUCAGACCACAAAACUAAGACUGGGAGAAAAUAAUUUGACACAGGUUGAAGAGCAAAAGAACAAGCCUCAACACAGUGAAAUGGAAAUUCCAGUGGAAGAAAUUGCAGAAAAAUUACCUGAAGAUAACAUGACUGUCAAUUUUAAUAAGCUGCCAUUUGAUGUAGAGGAUCAUCAUGGCAAUGAAAUUGAGGAGAAUAAAAUCCCUGUGGAAGAAACUCCAAAACUGACUGUUCCUUCUUCCAAGGAAUCUUCAAUACCUGUGCUCCAUCGUUUCAUAAGGUUCCCACUGAAAAAAGAGAAAGAAAAGCAAUCGAGAGCAGGUAUGCCUCUUAAAACAAUCAGAGAACAAAUAAGAAGAAAAGAAAAAUUAUCCAGUAAAGAAGUGGAGAAGAAACAGUCAUUGGAAGUGGCUGAACAAUCUCAGACCACAAAACUAAGACUGGGAGAAAAUAAUUUGACACAGGUUGAAGAGCAAAAGAACAAGCCUCAACACAGUGAAAUGGAAAUACCAGUGGAAGAAAUUGCAGAAAAAUUACCUGAAGAUAACAUGACUGUCAAUUUUAAUAAGCUGCCAUUUGAUGUAGAGGAUCAUCAUGGCAAUGAAAUUGAGGAGAAUAAAAUCCCUGUGGAAGUAACUCCAAAAAUGACCCUUUCUUCUUCCAAGGAAUCUUCAAUACCUGUGCUCCAUCGUUUCUUGUGGUUCCCACUGAAAAAAGAGGAAAAAAAGCAAUCAAAGGCAGGUAUGCCUCUGAAAACAAUCAGAGAACAAAUAAGGAGAAAAGAAAAAUUAUCUAGUAAAGAAGUGGAGAAGAAACAGUCAUUGGAAGUGGCUGAACAAUCUCGGGCCAGAGAACCACGACAAGGAGGAAAUAAUUUGACACAGGUUGAGGAGCAAAAGAACAAGCCUCAACACAAUGAAAUGGAAACACUAGUGGAAGAAAUUGCAGAAAAAUUACCGGAAGACAAAAUGACUGUCAAUUUUAAUAAACUGUCAUUUAAUGUAAAGGAUCAUUAUGGCAAUGAAAGUGAGGAGAAUAAAAUCCCUGUGAAGGAAACUCAACAAAUGACUGUUCCUUCUUCCAAGGAAUCUUCAAUACCUGUGCACCAUCGUUUCAUGUGGUUCCCACUGAAAAAAGAGGAAGAAAAGCAAUCAAAGGCAGGUAUGCCUCUGAAAACAAUCAGAGAACAAAUAGGAAGAAAAGAAAAAUUAUCCAGUAAAGAUGUGAGGAAGAAACAGUCAUUGGAAGUGGCUGAACAAUCUCGGGCCAGAGAACCAGGACCAGGAGGACAUAAUUUAAAACAGGUUGAAGAGCAAAAGAAGAAGCCUCCACACUGUGAAAUACAAAUACCAGAGGAGGAAUUUGGAGAAAAUUUAACUGAAGACAAAAUGUCUGUAAAAGUUAAUGAGCUAGCAUUUAAUGUAAAGAAUCAUCAGUGCAACAAAAGUGAGGAGAAUAAAAUUCCUGGGGAAGAAAUUCCAAAAAUGACCAUUUCUUCUUCCAAGGAAAGUUCAGUAUCUGGACAACAUUUUUUAAAGUGGUUUCCACUGGGAAAAAAGAAAGAAAAACAACCGAAGGCAGGCAUGUUCUUUAAAACAAUCAGAGAACAUUUAAGAAGAAAAGAAAAAUUAUAUAGUGAAGGAGUGGAGAUGAAACAAUCAUAUCAACUCACUGUACAAUCUCUCGACAGAGAACCAAGACCAGGAGGAAAUAAUUUGAAACAGGUUGAAGAGCAAAAAAACAAGCCUCAGCACAAUGAAAUGGAAACACUGGUGGAAGAAAUUGGAGAAAAAUUACCUGAAGAUAAAAUGACUGAAAAAGUUAAUAAGUGGGCAUUUAAUGUAAAGAGUCUUCAGAGCAAUAAAAGUGAAGAGAAUAAAAUUCCUGGGGAAGAAAUUCCAAAAAUGAUCGUUUCUUCUUCCAAUGGAUCUUCAGUACCCCUGCACCAUCAAUCAAUGUGGUUUCCAUUGGAAAAAGAGGAAGAAAAGCAAUUGAAGGCAGAUAUGCCUCUCAAAACAAUCAGAGAACAAAUAAGGAGAAAAGAAAAAUUAUCCAGUAAAGAUGUGGAGAGGAAACGAUCAUUGGAACCACCUAUAGAAGCUUGGGCCAUAGAACCAAGAUCAGGAGGAAAUAAUUUGACACAGGAAGAAGAGCAAAACAAGCCUCGACAAAAUGAAAUGGAAACACUGGUGGAAUAUAUUGGAAAAACAUUACCUGAAGAUGAAAUGACUGUCAAAGAUAAUGAGCUAGAAUUUAAUGUAUGGAAUCAUCAUAGCAAUAAAAGAGAGGAGAACAAAAUCACUGAGACAAAAACUCCAAAAAUGACUGUUUCUUAUUCCAAGCAAAGUUCAAUACCAGUAUACCAUCAAUCAGUAUUCUUCCAAAUGAGAAAAGAGAAAGAAAAGCAAUUGAGGAAAGGAAUGACUUUUAAAGAAAUCAGAGAACAAAGAAAAAGAAGAGAAAAAUUACAUAAGAGAUAUAUCGAGGCGUUGCAGUCAUGGGAUGUGGCUGAAAAAUCUUGGUCUAGAGAACCAAAACCACGAGGAAAUAAUUUGACACAGAACCUACGUACUGUGGAAAAAACCCCAAAAAUGACCAUUUCUUCUUCCAAGAAAUCUUCAAUAUCUGAGUACCAUCGUUUCAUGUGGUUCCUACUGAGAAAAGAGGAAAAAAAGCAACCGAAGGCAGGUGUGCCUCUGAAAACAAGCAGAGAACAAAUAAGGAGAAAAGAAAAAUUAUCUAGUAAAGAAAUGGAGAAGAAACAGUCAUUGGAAGUGGCUGAACAAUCUCAGACCAGAGAACCAAGACCAGGAGGAAAUAAUUUGACACAGGUUGAAGAGCAAAAGAACAAGCCUCAACACAGUGAAAUGGAAACACCACUGGAGGGAUUUGGAGAAAAACUACCUGAAGAUAAAAUGACGGUCAAUUUUAAUAAGCUACCAAGUAAUAAAAAGGAUCAUCAUGGCAAUAAAAGUGAGGAGAAUAAAAUCCCUGCGGAAAAAACUCCAAAACUGACUGUUCCUUCUUCCAAGGAAUCUUCAAUACCUGUGCUCCAUCGUUUCAUGAGGUUCCCACUGAAAAAAGAGAAAGAAAAGCAAUCGAAGGCAAGUAUGCCUCUGAAAACAAUCAGAGAACAAAUAAAAAGAAAAGGAUCCAGUAAAGAAGUGGUGAAGAAACAGUCAUGGGAAACUAAACAAUCUUGGACCAGAGAACUAAGACCAGGAGAAAAUAAUUUGACACAGGUUGAAGAGGAAGAAAACAAGGCUCAACACAGUGAAAUGGAAACACCAGUGGAUGGAUUUGGAGAAAAAUUGCCUGAAGAUAACAUGACUGUCAAUUGUAAUAAGCUGCCAUUUAAUGUAAAGGAUCAUCAUGGCAAUGAAAGUGAGGAGAAUAAAAUCCCUGUGGAAGAAACCCCAAAACUGACUGUUCCUUCUUCCAAGGAAUCUUCAAUACCUGUGCUCCAUCAUUUCAUAAGGUUCCCACUGAAAAAAGAGAAAGAAAAGCAAUCGAAAGCAGGUAUGCCUCUUAAAACAAUCAGAGAACAAAUAAGAAGAAAAGAAAAAUUAUCCAGUAAAGAAGUGGAGAAGAAACAGUCAUUGGAAGUGCCUGAACAAUCUCAGACCACAAAACUAAGACUGGGAGAAAAUAAUUUGACACAGGUUGAAGAGGAAGAAAACAAGGCUCAACACAGUGAAAUGGAAACACCAGUGGAUGGAUUUGGAGAAAAAUUGCCUGAAGAUAACAUGACUGUCAAUUGUAAUAAGCUGCCAUUUAAUGUAAAGGAUCAUCAUGGCAAUGAAAGUGAGGAGAAUAAAAUCCCUGUGGAAGAAACUCCAAAACUGACUGUUCCUUCUUCCAAGGAAUCUUCAAUACCUGUGCUCCAUCAUUUCAUAAGGUUCCCACUGAAAAAAGAGAAAGAAAAGCAAUCGAAAGCAGGUAUGCCUCUUAAAACAAUCAGAGAACAAAUAAGAAGAAAAGAAAAAUUAUCCAGUAAAGAAGUGGAGAAGAAACAGUCAUUGGAAGUGCCUGAACAAUCUCAGACCACAAAACUAAGACUGGGAGAAAAUAAUUUGACACAGGUUGAAGAGCAAAAGAACAAGCCUCAACACAGUGAAAUGGAAAUUCCAGUGGAAGAAAUUGCAGAAAAAUUACCUGAAGAUAACAUGACUGUCAAUUUUAAUAAGCUGCCAUUUGAUGUAGAGGAUCAUCAUGGCAAUGAAAUUGAGGAGAAUAAAAUCCCUGUGGAAGUACCUCCAAAAAUGACCCUUUCUUCUUCCAAGGAAUCUUCAAUACCUGUGCUCCAUCGUUUCUUGUGGUUCCCACUGAAAAAAGAGGAAAAAAAGCAAUCAAAGGCAGGUAUGCCUCUGAAAACAAUCAGACAACAAAUAGGAAGAAAAGAAAAGUUAUCUAGUAAAGAAGUGGAGAAGAAACAGUCAUUGGAAGUGGCUGAACAAUCUCGGGCCAGAGAACCACGACAAGGAGGAAAUAAUUUGACACAGGUUGAGGAGCAAAAGAACAAGCCUCAACACAAUGAAAUGGAAACACUAGUGGAAGAAAUUGCAGAAAAAUUACCGGAAGACAAAAUGACUGUCAAUUUUAAUAAACUGUCAUUUAAUGUAAAGGAUCAUUAUGGCAAUGAAAGUGAGGAGAAUAAAAUCCCUGUGAAGGAAACUCAACAAAUGACUGUUCCUUCUUCCAAGGAAUUUUUAAUACCUGUGCACCAUCGUUUCAUGUGGUUCCCACUGAAAAAAGAGGAAGAAAAGCAACCAAAGGCAGGUAUGCCUCUUAAAACAAUCAGAGAACAAAUAGGAAGAAAAGAAAAAUUAUCCAGUAAAGAUGUGAGGAAGAAACAGUCAUUGGAAGUGGCUGAACAAUCUUGGGCCAGAGAACCAGGACCAGGAGGACAUAAUUUAAAACAGGUUGAAGAGCAAAAGAAGAAGCCUCCACACUGUGAAAUACAAAUACCAGAGGAGGAAUUUGGAGAAAAUUUAACUGAAGACAAAAUGUCUGUAAAAGUUAAUGAGCUAGCAUUUAAUGUAAAGAAUCAUCAGUGCAACAAAAGUGAGGAGAAUAAAAUUCCUGGGGAAGAAAUUCCAAAAAUGACCAUUUCUUCUUCCAAGGAAAGUUCAGUAUCUGGACAACAUUUUUUAAAGUGGUUUCCACUGGGAAAAAAGAAAGAAAAACAACCGAAGGCAGGCAUGUUCUUUAAAACAAUCAGAGAACAUUUAAGAAGAAAAGAAAAAUUAUAUAGUGAAGGAGUGGAGAUGAAACAAUCAUAUCAACUCACUGUACAAUCUCUCGACAGAGAACCAAGACCAGGAGGAAAUAAUUUGAAACAGAUUGAUGAAGAGCGGUAUGAAACUCUUGGUCAGAAUGACAGAGCUUUGCAAGAUGGACUUCUGAGUAACCAUCUUAGGAAGCAGAAUGAAAUAGAAGCAACUGCUCUCGAAGUGAAUCAGAUGUGUGAGAUUCCUGAUUAUCAUGAAAAAGAAAAACCUGUGCUGCAAAAAAACAAUCUCCUUCUGGAUGAAAUUGGCGUGUUCCUACUGGCAGGAGACACAGGAAAAAUUGAAAAGAGGGAGAAAGAAAGUAGACAUAUCAAAGAAAAUGAAGUUUCAAAAGAAAAGAUUGAUGAGCUUCAAAAGAAAUUAAAACUGAGUGAGGAGACUUUAAGAACAAAACUAUCCGAGGCCAACAAACAGCUUAAUUUUCUGAUGAUUAAGAAUAGAAAGCUGACAUCUAAGUGGAAGAAAGAAAAGCAAAAAAGAGCCAGAGUAGGGAAAGACAAGCAAUCAUGCCACUUGUGUUCUGCUAUUCCUGAUCCGAAACAAUGUCAGACAUCAAAACAAGACCUUGCAUAUGCCUUUCAGCAAGAACGAGAUGAAUGGCUUCGCAUAAAGGAUCAACUGAAUUAUGACUUGUCUAGGGAAAGAGAUCGCAAUGAUUUUCUUGCACAACAGCUUGAGGAAGCUGACAGUGAAGUCAAUAGCUUACAAAACCAGCUAAUCCAUUUGCACUGUUCCUAUAGAGAGAAGGCAUUGAUUUUAGAAAGCACAGAGAGAGCCCUACACCAGGCACAGUUUCAUAUAAAGGAACUCAAACGCAUCAAUAACAUACAAAAUGAAAAACAGCAUGAAUAUACUGCCAAAGAAGAAUGCUUUCAAGGAAAAUUAGCUGAAAUCCACAGUGAAAAUAUGGUGCUUCAACAGCAGCUAGAAAAUGCCCCCGAAAGAGUCAUCAUUAAAAAAAAGGUAGUAAAGGACGUCCAGGUAAACUUUAGUGAUCCCUUCGCUAAAGUUCAUGCUGAUAGAGAAAAGCAAGUUCUUUUGGUCGAAGAGAGGAAUAAAGAGUUAAUCGAUGACUGUAAUCACUCAAGAGAGCAAGGGUGCACAUAUGAGAAGGAGCAAAAAGAAAGAGAGGGCACAAUAAAGGAGCUUCAACAGCAACUUGCUGAUGCCCUGAAAAGGCAAUCCACGUUGGAAGUGUUCCUAGAGGUUAUUUUUUGUUAUAUACAUGAUUUAGAAGAUAAGAAGCAACAACUACAGAAGGAAACAGAGGAAAUCAAGAGUAAGCUGCGGGAAUCUGAAGGACGGCAUCCGAAGGCAGAGCCCUGGACUAAUGAUUUAGAAGAUGGUGAACAAAAGCUGGAAAUGGAAAAUGGCAGAUUAGAAGCUACAGCCAAAGAACUUCUGGGCAAAAUGGAAGAGAUGGAGGAAAACCUGUUGGAUCCUAAAUGGCUUGAUCCUGAACGGGGGAAAGGAAAGACGCUCGUUGAGUUGAAGCAAUCUUUGGUGGCAAGUCUAGACGACCAAAGGAAGAGAAAUGAAGAAGUAGAGCAAGACAUCGGGAGACCAAGAAAAAAGAAAUUAGAAGAAGAUGACAAAGGAGAUCUGGCUUCCCAGGAAGCCCUGAAACAGGCAUGUUCUCAAGUGGAAGAUGCACAAAUGAAUACGUUACGAAACCAGAAGGAGGAACUUGCACAGCAAGUGGAAGCAGCAUCUUCAAAAUGUAACCAAUUGGAAUGGACAAUUCAAGGUCUUCGACAAGAGUUACUUUCUAAGGAAAGUCUGGAAGAGAAAAAUGGCAAACUGGAAAAGGAAAAGAGCCAAUUGGAAGAAGAAAUAGCUAAUCUGAAGCAUCGUUUUAAAAUGACUAUGCUAGAGCACAGACAAGUAGAACAAUACAAAUCUGAGGUGGAUGAACAAGCAACACAAGAGAUUAUAGGAAAACUGAGAACAAUCAAACUAUUUUUGCAGACACAAGCAGCAUUCCAAAACAACACAGAACAAUUAGGAGAAAAUCACCAAGCUCCAAGAGGAAAUGAAAUGGAGUGGCGAAUGAAAUAUAUGGAAGCUGAACUGUCCACAUUAAGAAGCUCCUAUCAGGAUGCUGAGGAACAGCUGGAGAGAAACACACAACUCUAUUUUAAGGAACUAAAAGCCAAUGAAUCAUUAUCCAAGGAAUUAGAUAGAGCUAACAGGAGACUACUGAAGGUGAGUGCCAAACUCCGAAAUGAAAGGCAGAGGAAUGAAACUUUAAGGGCCAGUUUUACUGCAAGUCCCGUUCUGGAGCCACCUCCUACUGAGCCUCCUAACAGUAGUUCACUCUUAAAUGGAGGACUGAUUCCAAGAGGAAACAGGACAUGCUUUGAACAGUAGAGCCAAAGCCUAUUUUAGAAAGGUUUUUGAUGAAGUGAAAAUUUUGAAAAGGAACCAAGCAGAGAACUUCAAAAUUGGAAAUCACAAAGAGUUAUUAAGAAUUAUUAAAGUAUUUGUAUUUGUAGAAAUAAAAAUUGUUGACAUUUA